AUGGAAAACCCAAUUAAAAAGGAACCGUCCUCAGAUGAGGUCGAGAGAAAGAAGUCCUCCAAUUUAACAGAAGAGCAGAAGAAGGCGCAUCACAUAGCCUCUGAGCAGAAAAGGCGAGAGAAUAUUCGUGCCGAGUUUGACCGAAUUGUGUCUCUCACGCCGACGUUGACAGAGCAGGAGAACCGUUCGGAGCUUAGCAUCUUAACUAAGUCUGCAGACUACAUUGACCAGUUGAAGGACGAAAACAAGCAGUUGGUGGAGUUGUGUCGGAUGAAAGGGAUCCCAGUUCCCGAUGAACUAAUAUACAAGGGUCCCGGCAUUGCUCACAAGUGA